CAGGGACUGGGAAGACCCCAGGGUCAGAGUGAUGGCACAGGCCCACAGCCUGCCCGCUCCCGGGAGAGAGGGUCCAUGGGAAGUCGGAAGAAGGAUGGAGCAAGUGACGAAGAAGGCCAUGUGGGAGGAAGAGCUAAGAAGGGCCAGUGCUAGCAGGUGGCAGGAGGGCAGUGGGGAGAGCUGGUGCCAGCCAGGACGGCUGGGGAGGCAGAUGUCGGAGGGUGAUGGCCGGAGGCUUCUGCAUGACCUGUGCCCGAUGCUCCCUGGGGAGCCCGGGGGGAGUUCUCAGACCAAGAGGAAGUCCCAGUCGUUGCCUCGCAUGCUGUCCCCUGAGAGCCUGAGCUACAUGGAAGUUCCCAUCCCGCUGCACGACGGGCACUUGCCAGGCGUGCCCAGAACACCACCAUAUCCGAACUGCGCACCCAGCGUGGACUUGGCAACGCCCCCUGAGAAGGCCCCUUUGCCCCGGCCCAAGUUUGGGAGACCCCUCAAGCAUGCCAGGGGCAUGGCUGCACCCAGUGACCCUCAGACUGGUCAGCACAAGGAUCCGCAUACCUGCAGGAGUGAAGUCAGCAAGCCCAGACACGAACCUGGCAUGGGUGACCCCGGCUUGGAGCCACCCAUGUACGUGCCCCCACCCUCAUACAGGUCACCCCCCCAGAACAUCCCAAACCCCUACCUGGAAGAUACAGCGCCGCCUGCUCCUGUGAGCAGCAGCGUUGGGCAGCAGCCACCCCCGCCGACGCGAGCUGAGAAGGCUGGAAGCAGGAAGGAGUGGGGUGCGAGCCCCUGCCCACCCCACCCUGCCGCAGCCCCCAUGGACUUCAUCCAGUACAUCCCCUUCAGCGAUCCCAGGUUGCGGCAUAUCAAGCUGGCCUGGCCACACAGUGCCGGCCAGGAGUCGGCGCUGGAUGGUGGCCCCUGCAGCCUUGUUGGGCCUGUUGAGGCCCCAGCGCUACCAGAGGGCACCCCGUGGAAUGCACAGAACCUGAAGGCCCCCGCUGGAGAUGAUGGAGGCCUGACCUUUACUGAGCCCAGCGCCCAGUGGCCAUGGGGCCAGCUCCCCAGGAACAGGAAUGGUGGGGGCUCCCCUGACACAAGAGACCAUCGCGCCGUGAGAGAUAAGGUGGCCGACAAAGCAGGUGGGCAGCAGCGACUCACAGAAGGCCAAGUGCUGCCUCUGAGUCCAGUUGGGGAGAUCAUCUGCAGGGCUCAGGUCUGUCCCCAGAAGUCUGACACUGGGCCUCAGAGCAGGAAGAGAUCCAAGAAGAAAAUGAACGAGACCAUAUUUUGCUUGGUUUCCAUUCCAGUUCAAUCAGAGUCCCAGCUGCCAGACACAGAUACGAACAACAAUGACUUAAAGCAGAGCACUUGGAAAAUGCGUGGUGCUGAUAAGAGCCCUGCUCUGCAGGAACAGGGACUGCGGGCUGCCUCGAGCACCGACCUGGAGCUGCAGGCUCUCACGGGCACUGUGCUGGGGAGCCCCACGCCCUGCCAGCAGGAGCGACCAACAAGUGACCUCAGAUUCCUCUAUCUUACACAGCACAGGGAGCUCACGUACACCGGCUCGGGGCCAGGGCACCAGUACAGGGAUCAGCAGACACAAACCACUUUCUCUGAGGAUCCCAGCAGCCCACAGAUGCCUGCUGGAGCCAAGCCGGCUGAGCCAAGCCCUGCCGCACUGAUGCCACCCCACGUCCAGCCCACAGUGUGUGACACAGGGGUGCUCACGGCAGUACCCUCCAGGGGCCAUCCACCGAAGCCUACCGCCCAGAUCCCAUCAGCUCAGGCAUCCCUCAGCCCAUCCAGCAGCAGUGCCUUCUCCAGGACCUCCUCCUGCACGAGCCAUGCAUCUGCCCCAAAGGCAGGGCCCGGGGUGGACGGCCGGGGACUGGGGGCUGACAUCACGGUCCAGCCGGAGGUGGUGAAGGGGGAGGCAGCUGCCAGUCCCUGCAACAGCCAGCAGCCCUUUGGUCAGUUUCUCCUGAAACCAGUUAGCCGUCGGCCCUGGGACUUGAUAAGUCAGCUAGAAAGUUUCAAUAAGGAGCUGCAGGAAGAGGAAGAAAGCUGUCCCAGUAGCAGUGGCAGUAGAGAGGAAAGUGAGGAAAGUGAGGUGGCAGAGCCCUGGGAAGACCGCCAUCCUAGCCCAGAGAAACUUGUGGGCUUCCCUGAAAGCCCCCAGGAAAGGAGAGCCAAGCAACAGCCGAAGGCCUGGGCGCUACAGCAUCCUGAGUUUAGAUUGACAAGGGCCACCACGGGCAAAUCUGGGAGUUGGAAUGAGGAGGCAGCACCAUCUGGCUGGCCAUAUGACUGUCCUCGGACCCCUUGGAGACCCCUACAGGUGGAAGAUGGCCGAGGGGAGAUCUUCCCAGGAGCAGAUGGAGACUGGGUCUCAGAGAAGCGGAAUCAGGCUGAAGGAUGCAGUGUGAGUGAGCCUGUGCACAGCCCGGGGCCUGCAAGAAGAGCCGUGGCUUCGAGACCCAGGGACAUGGAGCCAGCUGCCCUUGCCCGUCCCCCAGACCCCAGGGAGCUUCAGGGAAUGCGGGAGCCCACUCAUGAUGUCCUCACUGGGAGAAUGUGCAGUGUGGUCCCUCCACAAGCAGGUGGUACAAGAGACAGGGGCCUGCAGGCCCCACUCUCCCUGGCUGCCAGGGGCCGAGGUCUGUCUGCACCAGACCUGAGGUCCGUGGGGCUGGCGGUGGGAGGAGAACAGCACAGGCCUUGGGGUGAAUCUAGCGCCCUGGAAAUCCCCCCUGGGGAAACCCUGCAAGCCAGGGCCGCAAGGAUUUUGGGCAUCGAGGUGGCCGUUGAGUCCCUGCUGCCGGACACCAGGCAGAGCCAGUCCCCAGAGCCUGAGGCCAGGGCCCACAGCCCCAAGCCUCCACAGGAAGCGUCCUCAUCUGGCUUGGCCCCCUCAGGAGGCCCCACAGCAUCUGCUGAUGCCUUCUACGGCCGGAGGAAGUGUGGCUGGACUGAAAGCCCGCUCUUUGUCGGGGAGAGGGAUGGUACCAGGCGGGCUCCCCCAGCUGCUGAGUCCUCAGAGGUGGAUGGAGUCAUGACAUGCCGAACCGCCAGCCCAGAGCCCCAGCCCGGUCCCACAGUGGCCAAGGAUGGGGGCCUGGCGCUGUCUUUCAGGUCUACGCUGUUCCACGUUCUAGAAAGGACACCAAGCAUGGCAGGCUCAGAGAAGAAGCUGCGCAGCCCUUCCAAAGUAAUUGAGAGUAUACAGGAGAAGCUGGCUUGCCCAUCAAGGAGGGCAGACCCCAGCCGCCUCAUGAGGAUGAAGGAGGUGAACUCCGUGUCCCGCAUGCGCUGUCUCAGCUCCAGGAACACCGACGCCACUGCUGAAGAUGCCAGGCUGCCGGCAGGCCGUACUUGCGCCAAGGGGCCCUCACCCCCACUCUCCUGGGAGAACCUUGGGCAUCCAGCUGCACAGAGAGAGAGGCCCCUCCCUGAAGACUCCCGGUGCCCAGACUCGUACGACCCCAGCCGGGUGGAGAGGGUGUGACACCGAGACCCCGGGCCUGCCACUCUCCGACGAUGCGGUCUGUCGGUCCACUUCGGCUUCGCGGGCUGACGUGUCCCCUGCCACCCG